UUGUCGCUGCUUCCAGAUACACAGUUUAAAUUUGAUCCCUAUUUAUUCCUUGUGCACAUCCAAUGAGUAAUAUCCCCGAUAUCACAUCCAUCUCGGAUAUUCUAACAACAUCCCCACUUCAGUCCCACGCGGCUUCGCAACUUGGCGAUGAGAAUGUUCCUGCCAAGGAGAAGACUCCACUGCCAACCGCUCACCCACCUCUGGGCAGGACCAGAAGGUCCCAUAGCGGCAUUCUGACGCCAAAAGCCAAGAAUCGAGGUGGAAACUCGGCCCUGGUUCCGUCUACACCUGCCGCCAGGUUGACCCAGAAUUCCCCACGACUGAAACGGCUAUCGCUUUCCGCAACUCGUUUAUCAUCUAAAGCUGCCACGGAGAGGAAUUCCACCACGAUAAGCAACAGCCCGGACAAAAGUCAAGAUGUUCAGGAUAAACACGUUCAAGACCAAACGGAAAUUGUCAGUCUUUCGGAAAAGAGGCGGAAGUUGAUGGACGAGCGCAAGGCCUUACUUGCGGAAAAUGAAAGCCUAGAAGAAAAGAUUGCAGAGUUCAAACGGGGGCACUCAGAGGUGAAGAAACUGCAGUUACUUGAAAGUAAUGAUGCUCAGUUUAAAGAAAAAUAUACAAAGUCACAGGGGACAGAUAAGCCCAAUGGACAACCCCUGGAGGAAGAAAAUUUGCUACUUAACCUUUCCGCCAAACCGUCCACGGACCUUGCCAAAAGGGUUGCGUUUGCCAAGGCAUUGUAUGCGGAUCUACUGGUUGAGAACCUCCAAUCGCACGAAACGGUCAGAGACGAGGGGACGGUGAAGAUUCAGCAGUUCACGUUGUGUUGGAACAAAAUGUUAAAGGUUCGGCUGAAGAUUAGUGUGGCAAUGUUUAAAGCCAGCAGCGAUCUGAACGGAACCACCAGACCGCCCCAGAUCACAGGCAUCGAAACUACCUUUGUCAAACCACACCAGUUUUUCCACACAAUCAACAACAGUACUGCGAUCUCUCGUGUGUCGUCUUAUGAGGAGUUCAUUCGGGUCCAGGCAAAGGCAAACAACUUGCCAAACAUCAUAUCCAUGAUCAACAACGUUGUCACGCUUCUCAAGAUGCGGAUGAACUUUGUGUACCACAUCCUCCAUGGAUUCUUCGUUCCAGUAUCCUCCCCACGGCGCAUCACGGUGAACGACGAAGAGCACACGUUGUUGUACCAGCGCAUUCGGAAACUCCGUAACUCUUCUCAUGCCACGGAUAUCACCAAGUUGCUUACAUUGCCUCUCUCCAUUCCGCUAAAAAAGGUAAACCAAGUUACGCUUUCUUCGUCUCAGAACCCCGGGACGGAGCUAGUGAUUACGUGGGAUAUUGUGCUUGUUGAUGAUUUGACAGGUGAAUGCGGCUCUAAAAUCGAGUGCCAUGCGUUAAACACCAAGACCGGUGCGAUUGACAGCCUUGAUGAUUUGCCGGAGACUGUGGACGGCAAUGUCAACCAAGCGUACCAGACAAUGAUUAAGAAGUUAGGGGUUACGCAGGGUUCCAUCAAAUUUGUCCAGAGCUUUUACGGCGGAGAGUAGGAUGAAGCUCUUCACUCCCAGGGCAAUAGUUAAAUAGACAGUAAAUUUCUUGCCAACUAUUUUUAGGUUCUUGUGGCUUUUGGUAACUUUUUCAGAUCUGGAGGAUCCCAUAAUACCGAUUAUUGUCUCAGCUUAUCUUCCACACUAAGUAUUUACAGCGCUUUUUCAACCGUUAUUCAGUUGGGCAGAUACCUUAUAGAGAGUUCUACCGUGUAUCCCCAGCAUUGCAUAUCCAUUGAAAUGUAAUUCUACC